AUGGAUCGGCGUUCAGAAUCACUGGCAUUUUUGAUAUUCUGUGCGCUUGGCGUCUUCUUUUCGUACUUCGUCUAUGGACUUCUACAAGAGGCGAUGUAGGGUGAUUUUUCCCCGUGUGUAAUCCCUUCUGCAGCACUAAAACUCGAUAUGGAAUCCACCGAAUAGAGUUCACAUUUAUAAAACCCAUGUUGUUUGUGCAGUGUUUAAUCAAUGCCUUAUUCGCCCAGGCUGGUAAGUCGAUUUCCAGUGAGUUCUAUGUAGCCGUACUUAGCUCUUCGGCAUUGGCGCGAACGAAGGUCUUCGAUGUCUCAAAAGAAUUAUGCUCUUUGUGGACUCAGCUACAUCGGCGCCAUGUUCAGCAGCAAUGCGAGUCUGCGUUUUGUCAGCUACCCUACUCAGGCAAGAGCACUCAUGUUUUGUCGAAUUAGCCCUCUACAGGUUAUUGGGAAAUCCAUUAAACCAAUUCCAGUUAUGCUGCUGAGUGUUCUUUGGGCAAAGCAGCGUUACCCACUGAAAAAGUACAUCUUCGUUGGACUAAUCACAACUGGAGUCAUCCUGUUUAUGUAUAAGGAGGGCACUUCAGUCCAGUCGAAGGCUAAUUUUGGCUGGGGUGAACUGCUUUUGGUAGGUUAUUAUCCUCUUUUAUCGGUCUUAUUUCCUAUCUUAUUCUUAUUGCGUCUUCGCGAAUGCCAGCACUCGCUGGUUGCCUUAAGCAUUGCAAGUUCAUGGACCCCAAUAAUUCUUUUCCCCUCGAUUCAAAUCGACUGUGUAUCCUCCUGCCCAUUGUAGUUGACCUUUCCCCCAAUCUAACGAAUAACUAGGUCGUUUUUUCACUUGUAGCUUGUUUCUCUUGGUCUUGAUGGUCUUACCGGAGGGAUGCAGGAGGAUUUUCGUUCCAGGGGACAUGUUGGUCCCUACACUAUGAUGCGCAACCUGAAUUUGUGGUCGCUACUUUACCUCGGCCUAGGUUGGUUUCUCACCAUCCAACUUUCCUCCCUUGUCACUUGCCUCUCCAAAACAUUUUGUCACAUGCAUCUGAUUGGAACUUGUUAUUCGGCUUCUGCUGCUAUAUGGCCUGGACCUGACGAAUUAGUGAUACAAAUUCCUAGCUAUACCCCCCCCCCCAGGGGAAAGUUAUACGUCGGUAGGGUAUUAGUAGUGCCAACCACGGAAACUGUUUACCUGGUAGGCUCUUAAAUGUCAUACGCCAUUCCGACGUGACCGGGAUCCUAACGAUAUCGCCCUGCCGAACAAUAAAAGGCAUGCCAUGAGUUAACGGGGUCGUUGAGUAAAUUUGAAAAAGUGUCCCCCAACCACAUGUCAAUUUUAAUUGUAGACUAACCGCUUUUUACGUAAUAUCCGGCAGUUUUCUGUGCAAAGUCAACUACUUUUACGCCGCUCAUAAAAUUCUUGUUAUAAUCGCUUGUUUUUGUUUCAAAAAACAAAAAUGUCUCUUCUUGAUGUUGCAGGUAAAGAUUUUAACGUCCCUAGGAUGCUGAAAAUGCUUAAAUCACCUGCCAUUACUUGCUAGAAGGUUCACGUGACUUGCAAAUCAUGAGUUUUAAAAGUUUCUCAAUUGUUCUUACAAAUAAUGACUUCUUCUCAGGUAUUUGCUUUCAAGGACACGGUUCUUCUAUACGACGUCCUAGCAUUGAUGCUCUACGGACGCAGGACAGACCACAAAACUCGUACUACAGUCUUCAGAAAUAAAUCUGCGGGAGCCGCGACGGCUACUCUGCAGUUCCGUUUGCUGUCGCUCGAGCUGACAGUCGCCCGCGCCCUCCCUGCGUGUCCAAUGACUCUGCCCUGAAUAUGGCGACAAUAGGUCAUUGUUUUUGUGACUUGACUGAGGGCUGGAGAACCAUGACUCAGGCAGCUCUAUUGAGUUUGAGUGGGAAUCCGAAACGUCAAGCACAUCUUCUUUUAGACGACGCCCUUAGUUAAAUAUGUGAGAGGGCCACUGCGUGUACUUUGCAGCACCGUACUUUGCAUACCUUCAGUGACUCGAGCGUGUGUAUGCGCGCGCUCAUACCCUGGACCCCCAUAAUGGUCUGCUUUGUGUCAGUUCUAUACCGGGGUCGAACAAAUGCAUGGCAUCGACUGGGUACUAACGUCUCUCUGGGGUAUUAAUCGCACACAAGUUCCACCUCUCAGUUCUGAAAAUUAUAGUCUUCAUUUCGUUGGACACACUCAUGUGACGUGCUCUGAUAUUAUAUUCUGCGAUUACGUAUAUCACAAUCCCACCCAAGCAAUAGUUUCUAAUGAAAGAUAUAUGUCGGCAUUUUGCUAAUUCUUCCGCACUAUGUGGUAUUUUAUUUGAGCGAACCCAUUCAUCUUUCCUUCCUACCUUUAACAGUCAUUCUUCUCACGGGCGAAGUUAUGCCCUUCGUUGCUUUCGUACGUCACUUCCCCAACGCCGCUGUGAAUAUCCUCCUCUUUGGAAUCGUCAGUGCUAUUGGCCAGGUGAGAUUGUAAUUUGAGCGUAUAAAUUACGGCUAAUUCGACUGGCUGUUUGCCUUUGUACAGUAGAUGUGCUAACUCAUGAAAUGUCAACCAAAAUUUCGAAAUGCGUUCUCGUUUCGAAAAGAUAAAUUAAGUAGUGUUGUACAACUAAUCAGGAUGCAGCAAAAGUCUAUAAUGAUCCAGUUACCUCAGGGUGUCGGCUUUCGAAAGAACUUAUCUUCGGCUGCAAGCAAGAUCUAAACUCUGCAAAAAAUGACUACUUAAGUAGAAUGCAGUUUUCUCGUUUAUUUUUGAUGUCCUCGAAAAUUCAAUUAUAUUUAAUGGAAAACAUGCAUAAAAAUAUUCAUUCUUUUACUUAUUCGGUAGGAAAUCGCGUCUUCUUCCAAUUUCAUACUCAAAAGAAGAGUAUAAUUCGGUUUUAAAAAAGUUUCUAAUUGUGAGAUUUUUUAAUACCGUUAAAUGGCCGUUCAUGAAACGUCAUGUAUCUGCAUUUACGAAUGUGGCUUGUAGAGUUAACAAUAUUGCUCAACUCCACUGCUGAAUUUUAUGAACCUCAUAUGGUCUCCUCUAAACACCUUAGAAAUAUGCAUGGUUUUCCGUACACGGAAAAUAUACAGCUCGUAGUUUUGAAACUCUAAAUGCAAGUGUAUCAGCAGGUCGGGUUCAAUAUUAUUCGGGAAUUAGAAAACUUUUUCAAAACCGAAUUAUACUCUUUUUUGAGUAUGUAAUCAGAAGAAGAUGUGACGUUCUACUGAAUAAGUAAAAGAAUAAAUAUUUUUACGCAUGUUUUCUAUGAAAUAUAAUUGAAUUUUCGAGGGCAUUGAAAAUAAAUGAGAAAAUUUCAUACUACUUAAGUAGUCAUUUUUUGCAGAGUGUAGAUCUUGCUUGCAGCCGAAAAUAAAUUCUUUCGAAAGCCGACACCCUGAGGUAACUGGAUCAUUAUAGACUUUUGCUGCAUCCUGAUUAGUUGUACAACACUACUUAAUUUAUCUUUUCGAAACGAGAACGCAUUUCGAAAUUUUGGUUGACAUUUCAUGAGUUAGCACAUCUACUGCAUGUAAUCUUUUACUGCUUCAAAUGGCUUGCCAGUCUGACUUAAACGCUGGAUAGAAAACAUAUAACCUUUCCAUCAUUCACAUCUUCACCGGUACCACUAGAUGUUCAUCUACACCACGAUUGUCAACUUCGGUCCUUUGAUGUGCUCCAUUAUCACAACAACACGCAAGUUCUUCACCGUCCUGGCCUCAGUAAUCAUUUUCGGCCACGCUCUUUCUCGUCUCCAAAUGCUCGGGGCAGCACUCGUCUUCGCCGGCCUACUCGCCGAUCAGGUCUAUGGGAAAUCAAAAAAACGCCCCAACGCGCCAUUUGCUUCAGCUGCCAGUAGCUGCGGUCAUUCCAGUCUGUCGAAUUCUUCAAUCCUGUCUGAGGUGAAAGAUGUCACCUCGAAGAAACAUUCCUGA